ACUUUUAUUUUGAUGGUGUAUUUAUACAAUUGCAACUUAGUGAAUUGUCUUAAAGAAUCGGUUCCCUUGAUAAAGCACUUAACUAGCCGAUAAAGUGGACGCGAAAGCACUUAUUUGUUCUUAUUCGGCAACAUUUAUAAACAGCAUUUAUAGUCUUUAGGAUUUUUUUGACAAUGGAUCGCUGGAAAGAUAGAGUGGCGCUUGUUACUGGGGCUUCGGUUGGAAUCGGUGCAGCUAUUUGCAAGGCGCUAGUGAGGCAAGGAAUGAAGGUUGUCGGCUGUGCCAGGAACGUGGAGAAGAUUGAGAAAAUGGCAGCAGAGUUUCAGAGUGCUGGAUACAGAGGCUCCCUAUUUCCCUACAAAUGUGACUUAUCAAAUGAAGAGGAAAUUCUCUCCAUGUUCUCUGCCAUCAAUGCAUUCCAUCAUGGAUUAGAUGUGUGCAUCAACAAUGCUGGCCUAGCCCAUCCUGAGUCAUUGUUGAAUGGAAAAAGCAAUGGCUGGAGGACAAUGAUUGAUGUAAACAUCCUUGCAUUGUCUAUCUGCACACGAGAGGCAUACCAGUCAAUGAAGGAAAAGAACGUGGAUGAUGGACACAUAAUUAACAUUAACAGUAUGGGUGGACAUUGUGUAGUUCAAAAUGCUGACACACACUUCUAUAGCGCUACCAAGCAUGCUGUCACUGCCCUGACAGAGGGGCUGCGGCAGGAGCUGCGCGAAGCUAAGACCCACAUACGAGCCACGUGCAUAUCUCCUGGUGUGGUGGAAACAGAAUUUGCAUUCAGGCUUCACAGUCUACAACCAGAAAAAGCUGUGGCUACAUAUGACAGCAUGAAGUGUUUGGAAGCAGUUGAUAUUGCCAGUGCUGUGUUGUACGUCUUAGCUGCACCACCACAUGUUAACAUUGGAGACAUUCAAAUGCGACCUGUGGAGCAAGUGCCAUAGAGCAGCGCAGGAAGAAUCUGAUGGCACCUUAAUCAUCACAGAAAUAAAUGGAAGAUGUCAGGGUGAUGACCAAUAUAUCACGACAAAGAGCUGUUAAUAUAGCUGUAAAAAGUGAUGUGAUGUGGGACCCAUGGUUUACGGUCUCAAAUACCAUGGCUGUUAGCCAAUCAGUAUUCAGGACUAAAACCACCUGAUAUAGAAGUGACUGUAUCCCACAGGCAUGUCAUCACAUACAUUUUUACUGUUCCAAUUGCAUUGGUAACUGGUUUGUAAUAGCAAUAAGGCAUAUCAGGGUUUGUGAUAUAUUGCCAAUAUACCACAACUGAGUGGCCAUGCACUCCGCAAUGCAGUGUGUCUAAGAACAGCGCUUAGCUGUGGUAAAUUGGCCAUAUGCCACACCCCCUCAUGUCUUUAUUGCUUAUUUAUAUAUUUACAAACGGGUGACAAAUUGAAGGAAAAACCUGACUAAAUGAGUGGAGGAACAUAACGAGCAGUACGUCUUGACACCUAUUGUGUGUGGGUCUGGAUGCUGUGUUUUGCUGUGGGGAGCAUUUUGCUGGCAUGGUUUGGGUCCACCUGUCCCCUCUGAGGGAAUGGUCGCUGCAAAAUAUUACAAAAUGAUAGUGAGUUACCACUCUUAUACUAUAGUGAUGGGUGUGGUCUCUUCCAGGAUAGCAAUGCCCCCAACCACAGGACACAAGGGAUCAUUUAAUGUUUUGAUAAGUAUGAAAAUGAUAUGAAUCAUAUACUAUGGCCUUCGCAGUCACCAGAUCUCAACACAAUUGUACACCUAUGGGAGAUUUUGGACCAGAUUUUGUGUUAGCCAGUUUUCUCCACCCCAUCAUCAAAAUACCAAAUGAGGGAAUAUCUUUUGGAAGAAUGGUGUUCCAUCCUUUCAGUAGAGUUCCAGAGAGUUGUAGAAUAUUUGCACAUUGAAGCUCUUCUGGAUAUGCACAGUGGUGAAUGACAAAUGGGUCGCUGUUUGAUUAAAGUGAAUGACUCAGUUGCUCACAAGUCUUUCUCAACAUGAGCAGAGGCUCAGUUAUAGGUUCUAUGAAGCUGUGUAUAUCAUAUCAUUCAAUAAUCAACAGUCAGAUGGGGUGUGGGCAGGGGCAGCAGUAGGAAUCAUCAGGUAGCAACUUGAUCUGCAACUGUUAUGCAUGCAGGUAUGUGCGUUUGUGUUUUUUCCCCUCCUGCCGUUUCCCCAGGUGUCCUUUAUGUUCCUGAUUGUGCCCGUUGGUGUUUCCCACCUGGCAGUUAUGAGUGCAUUGCCUGACUGCUGUGGUAGACCAAUCAGUAGACAUCCUUCCUAAUCGCACCACCUGUUCCUUUUUCCAUUACCCAAUCACAUCACACAUCCCUACUUUAAAAACCCAGUCAUUUGGUUCUCCCAGGGAGACUAUUUUGCUUUACCCCCUUUUUGAUAGACAGGCACUUUGUUCAUUCAUACAUCACUUAGUUUAGCACAUAUGA